UCCCAAGUCUCGUUAACGGGAGGACACCAAACGAGUACGGCGAGUCUCGGCUAGAAUGUCAACACUUUUUCCAGGUUUGAAGUCAAAGUGUUUUCAGAGCGAAGUGAAGCUCGAGCGAGGAGGGAGUGCGUCUGUGGGAAACUCAUCACCGGAGGGAGAGCAAGCGGGGGCUUUCCGAGACGCGAGGAGGAAGAAGCGUGUCACCAGAGCGUCGUCCGAGUGCAUCCAGACCUCUAAGAAUCUGCACUUCAAACCCGGGGCACUUCUAAAAAGCAAAGGGGAGUGGGUCAGCACUGAGGAGAAUAGUGACGAGGGUCGUGGUCAGCUCCGCUUCACGUCAUCCUUCUCACUGCGAUUCCCGUCUACAAAGAGAAGCGAUCCCAGGACAAAUGUCCGCGUUGCUACGAAGCUGAAAAGCAAUGAUCGGCACACGGAAUCCGACUCAAGAACAAAGGUAGCCGAUGUACACCGUCCAAAGGAUUUCCUGGUCGACACGCUAAGAGAGUCAACUGGUAAAGCAACUAAAGAUGAGGAUGUGUCUGAUUCGGUCUAUUCGUGGGAAAGCCAUGAGCACGACAUAUCCAGUCGUAGAUCCUCGGAUGGAAUACAGCGUAGCUUAGCCCUCUGUGAUCAGCCUGCAGAGAACUGCACACAGGGACAAUCUACAAGUGAGAGUGUGACAAAGCUACGAGUCAAUGGGCAAGAAAGCGUAGAGGGGCAAUCAGGAGUUAAUGACCCUCUAGGAAAGAAUGCGGAAGGAAAGCUUUCUCACAGUAAUCUAAUCCCUUUUAGAGAGGAUACUGGUUCAAAGGCUGACUCUGACUGCCAAGACUGUGCAUGUUCUCCUACAGCAAUAAACCAGACCUUAUCUCUGCCCUCAGUCCCUGAUUCUCAUUGUGUUAAUAAUCUGAAAUCAGAUCUUAUCACUUCCACGGCAGCGAUGUUUACGUCUACCUUAGUUUCCGUCCUCGCUCCUCACUGGAGCGGGCGCAUUAGGAGACAUAAGAGAGUCUUUAGCGAUGCUGGACCAGAUAUUGCACAAAAUACAAACCUGCCUGCUUUGAGUCAGAAUGAACAACAACGAUUUCCCUCCCAGCAGAUACAGGCACAAGGUGAACCACUCAGUGACUUCAGUAAUAGGUUCAGGGGAUCAGCAGGAACCAGAAGGGGCUCUGUUGAAUGGCAGAAUGAAAGCUUCUCGCGUCUCUCAGAAGCGAAUAAACCGUUUUUGAAAUCCAGUGCUUUGAGAAUGAACAGACAUGCAACAAACCAAACAACAGAACUUGGCAACCCUAGGCAUAUGUUAUUAAACUCCGGUAAGUUGUCUAGGUCCUCCCUGGACCUGACCGGAGAUCGAGGAGAGUACUUUACUUCACUCAGGUCUAGACCAACAACCAGCACAUUGCUUUUGUCUUCAAGGAGGUCAAACUCAAGAAAACCCAGUGCUGAGUCCUUUCAAAUGGAGAAACAGUCACCUGCCUCCGUCGGCUCUCUAGAUUUACACAGAAACAGCAUAAUGAGGAUUUCCCAAACGUCACCCAGUCUGGUUUCCCCAAAUGAUCUAGCCAAAGAGACACUUGUGACGAGAAGAUUUCUUGCAUCACCAGACACACACAAAGCCGACCCAUCCUCGCCCAGAUGGGGAGAGUCUGACUCAUCAAGAAAGCAGCGCUAUGUAAUCACAGGGGAUUUUGACAUGAUUAACAGAAAUCCUCCUGCUACAAAUAAUACAACCAGGGAAAGGCUCUUUUCUAACUAUUCAACAAGAUUCAAACAAUCAGAGACUCUCAGAUCUGCUCAGGACCAUGGACCAGUUGACCGGAGCAUGUAUGACAAUAAAAAUAUGCAGAAUUCAAAAUGUAAUAUCCCAGAAAGAUCUGCUUGGAUUUCUCCAAAGGAAAAUGCAAAUAGUAGAUUUGUUUUCCCAGAGGUUUCCUCAAACCCGAGUUCUGAUAGCAUACUUAAGAGACAGAUCAGCCAGACUUCAAUGACGAGCAUGAAUCUUGGGCCGAGCUUUUCUGUGCAGUCUAACAGUAUCAACAAUAUGAUCAACUCGACCAACACCAGCACUUUAAAUGGCAGAACUAGCCCAGGAGCAACUCAGUCAAUGGUCAAGAGUUCCUCUGUCAGUUUAUCUCCUGCAUCCCAGGCUCAUACUGACCAAAACAACAUUCAGAACUCAAGCGUUUCCACUAAGCCUCCAUCGAGCCCAGUGAACUCUAUAAGAAUGAGAACAUUUACAGAGAGUCUUAGCUUCUCACCUCGGAAAGAAUCUUCUGUAGAAGGAACAAGCCCAUCUCCUUUAUGGUCAAACUAUCUUAACACUAAGGGGCGGUUAGAGGAGAUGAAUCAAAGCCCUUUAGGUCAGUCAAGCCCUUUAUCCCCAUCUGAGUUUAAGCCCAGAAGAGUUUGUACUCCAAGUAUCUACAAAUACCUAAGGCAAACAAGUCCACCACAGGCAUCUCCAGCACUGAGCUCUCCAAGUCCUCGAACCUCAUCUCUAAAGCAAAAACAGGAAGAGGAUAAAAAUUCAAAGAAUGUACGCUUCACUUUUGACUUAAAUUCCCUGGAAUCACAUGAUCCACUUGUGAAAGCUGACUCCAGUUUCACCAGUGCACCAAAAUCUCUGCCUCCUGACACUGGCAGAAGAUCAGUACCUCGUAUUAGUAAAUCCCCUUACGCCACCCUCAUCUAUACAAGAGCAGCAGCUAACAAUCAAACAUCUCCCCCUGUGACACACCAGCACAGUAGAUCCUAUUCUUACGAUAGUUCACCAGUGGAUGCUUUGUCCCCCAGAGUUGAGAAAAGGUCUUAUACGUCUGUCGUCAGAGACCGAUUGAGUCAGAGGACCUCACCAGUGAGAGAGCCAAUGCGUUCUACCAAUAUCCAGCUUACAGAGAAGACGCACUCCAUCUGUCAAUAUGGCAUCUCAGAAAGCUCAACAGAUGCAAAGUCCCCAGACUGUCAAACUACCACCUUAAGCCCAGACAUUACACACCCAAAACAGACCGACUCCGUCAUUAAAAAUAUCCCUUGUGACGGACUUAAUGGCAUAUUUGUGUCUCAGGUUGACAGAGUUAACACUUAUGCAACUGACAGAUGGAAUUCCAAAGAGCUUUCUUUGCCGCUAGGCCCGUCCCCUCUUAGUGACAUUGUACAAAAAGGAGAAGUAACAGAAACCUUAAAACCAAAUGGGACAUUCCAGGCAAGUCAGAGUCCUGCCUCAAAAUGGAGCUUCUUCUCAUUAAAAAGUAAAAAAGAUAAUGUUCCGUCAUCGUCUCUUUCUGCAGAGAAAGAAGGUUUGGCUGAGAAGAAGGGAGAAAUGAAAGGACUUAAAUCCACCAAUAAAGUGGACCAGGUGUUGAACCGUUUGAGAGUAACGUUUGGCAGGAUUUCAGAAGACAGUGACACAAGUAGGAGAAAGACUAAAAAGGAGGAGGCUUCAAAUGUUAAGGCUUAUGAAAGCAUUAAGAAGGAAAAAGAAAGUGCUGACCUGACAGUUAAGAGACAGAUUAAACCUGAAGAGCUGUUAGAAAACAAGGCUUCUGAAAGUACUAGGAACCUAGACCAAAUGGAUGAUCUGAGAGUUAGGACUAAACCUAAAGAGGUUUCAGACAUCAGGGGUCAAGAAAGAAUUCAGAAGCCAGACCAAAUUUAUGAUCUGGUACUCAGGACACAGACUAAACCUGAACAGGUUUCAGACAUCAAGGGUACAGAAAUAGGUCAGACGCUAGACCUAAUUUAUGAUCUGGUACCCAGGACACAGACUAAACCUGAAGAGGUUUCAGACAUUAAGGGUCCAGAGGGAAGUCAGAAGCUAGACAAAGUGAAUGAUCUGACAGUUAGGACACGGACUAAACCUGAAGAUGUUUCAGACAUCAAGGGUCCACAAAGAAGUCAGAAGAUAGACCAAAUGGAUCUGACAGUUAGAAGAAAGACUAAAAAUGAGAUGCUGCUAGGCGAUAUGCCUUAUGGAUCCAAUAGAAACGUAGAGCAGAGGCUUUCUCUGAGUCAAAAAUUAAAAUCCCCCAACUCCCCAAAUGCCCCAGUGAUAGAAUCUUGCGGCUUUACUGGCUCUGACUUGGGUUUCAAACCUGGAAAACAAGUCAACUCGCCAAAUAUGGACGAGCACAAAAGACUAAUGGAGGACAGCAGAAGGCGACUGCUGGGUAGACCCCUCAGUCCUAACAGGCCUAAACCUGAAUAUAUCAACUGCUAUGCCACACUGCCUCUAAGCAAAAGAUCCAGACUCAGCCAGUCUCCGACACUCCAUUCUCCAUUUGAAUGUCCUUCAGAAGAAGAACAGAAUGAUAACGUGUUUUACAGCAGUGUCCUGAGAGAAAAGAUAAAUAGCACGCCUCUCAGUGAGCAUGAGAAUGCUGCUCAGCCAGACAAAACUGGGGGGCAGAACUCGACCGGAUUGGUGUCAUCUUCUCCCUUUGCUGAUCUCAAGUACGGUCUGCAGCGCGGACGAUCUGUCUCGGUUUGCAGCGUUGUUUCGGGGCGUCCGUCAGGUCCUGGGCGCAUCUCGACAGGAUCGAGGCAAGGCAGCGCCAGCGACUUGAGCAGCCUGGACAGCUUCGUGUCCAAGAGCCGACAUUCAAGUAUCAACAGUCCAGCUGGUUCACCUGAGAACGAUGCCUUAGCUUCCGUUGGACAUACUUCUUACAAGGGGUGGUUAUCAUCAGAGGGCCGUCUCAGGAGCCCGGAUAACGUGGACAGCGUCUCAUUCUCAUGGGAUAUGGAAACCGAUCCGACCCCACCCCAUUCUCCGCCGCAAACUCGCCGUAUAUCCCAAAUCUCCAGCUCGUCAUCGGCUAGCAACAGGAACUCUCCAGAUAGCUUGUCUCCUCGUGGAUUUUUGCCUUCCAAGAACUACAAGUCCACGUUGUCUGCUUUUGAGGAGUCCGGCUCCGAGACCACUACCGAUGACGAAUAUUAUCUGAAUAGUGACGAAGAUGAUGAGAAAGAAACGGAACUUUAGCGGAUAAUGCCGUCUGUUGUGAAUGAAGUCGUGCGUGUGCGGGUUUUCGAAUGUUUUAGUAUUUGUGCACUUUGAUCUUCCUCAGGAACAAAACACAAUAACUGUGGAAUAACAUGGCUUUUCAUGGUCGCUUAGAAAUCAUAACAAAAUCUCCGUCAUGAUCGAACUAGUGAAUGUAAUAGCAUGAAAAUCAAAACAAAAUCAAUGAGCAGAAGCUCUUACACCUGAUCCUGUUUGAGCUUGCCCUUGGCUUGGCUAAUUGCUUCGAUCCCAGUGUUGUGUUUCAACCCAUUUUCAUGUUCGAGAUUAUUAUUGAUCGUCGAUAAUGACCAUUGAUGCACUGUAGGAUCACUCUGUGUUUCGUAAGAUUUGUAUAUGAAGCAAUUUUUUAUUAUUAUUAUUUGUUUUACACAAUUUUACACACCCUUUUUAUUGCGUCAUUCUUUCAAACUGCAUCCAUUUAAAUGAAAUCAUUUUAGCCACAGCAGAGCAAGAUUUAUUUUUUUAUUUUUUUUGGAACCACAGAACAAAUAUUAUUUAGAACUUGCUUAAUUAGCAUAAAUUAACUAUAACAGAAAUUCUUAAGACUUUACUUGACAUUUUUAACAGCAGUAUUUUUUUUCGCAGAGAUUUUGCUAACCGAGCAAGACAUGAAGUGCUAGAUUGGUUUUUAAUUUCAACACACAAAUUAUUUAAUGACAAACGACCUAUAGAAAAUAUAUAUGUUUUCAUAUCAUUCAGUGUGAUAAUUGAUAGUGUAUCAAUCACGUCUACUGAAAGGUUUUUAUUUUUUUUUUUACGCUGGUAAUAAUAGAGCUUGAACGGAGGUUGGGAAUAAAUGCUAGAAAAUCAUUUUGGAGUAAACAGAAUUUAUAAACAGAGUUUAUUUCAUGCAAACUGUGUGUGUCAAGUAGAAAUGUUUGACUUACACAACACGCUGCCUGCGAUAGGAAAACCUGAACACGGCAUUUCAACAAAACGCGUUCUCCCUGUGGGUGUUUUUAUAAAUCGUGGCCUUGAUGUAAUCAAAAGAAAAUAAUAAUAAUAAUUGAUUUUGUUCAGAAUGCAGAGACAUGAUUUAUUCGGUGAAACCCAGCGAUCCGUAAGCGAUGAAUAAAACACCCGGGGUGUGUUUUUAAAGGUGUGGUGUAUAAAAAUCAUAAAAGUAAAUAAGUAAUAUAAAACAAAACUAUUCUAAUCUCAGGUUUAUAGACGAAUAAGAUUCGAGAUUUCAGCAGCACUGUGUGUGACAUAACAAUGUUCUUAGGUAACUAUAUGUACACUGAUCAACCAUAACAUUAUGACCACCUGCCUAAUAUUGUGUUGGUCCUCCUUUUGCUGCUAAAACAGCCUUGACCUAUCGAGGCAUGGACUCCACUAGAUCCCUGAAGGUGUGCUGUGGCACCAAGAUGUUAGCAGCAGAUCCUUUAAGUGCUGUACAUUGCGAGGUGGUGUCUCUAUGGAUACUUACAGGUCUUAAAGGAUACUUACAGGACCUUUGGGAUACUUUUGAUAGAUAGUGACCUCUGCAGACCGGGAACACCCCACAAAAGUUGCAGUUUGGGAGAUGCUGUGAUCCAGUCGUCUAGCCUCCAGUCGUUUCAAAUCCUUACGCUUGUCCAUUUUUCCUGCUUCUAACACAUUAAAUUUGAGGACAAAAUAUUCGCUUGCUGCCUAAUAUAUCCCACCCACUAACAGGUGCCAUGAUGAGAUCAUCGGUGUUAUUUACUUCAGUGCUUAUAAUGUUAUGCCUGAUCGGUGUAUAUGAUAAAAUUGUUAAUUUAAGAAGUAUUCUGGUUAAGUAUUAAUAAUUCACAACAAAUGAUUGUUCCGUUGCUAAGCAACGUUACUGUAUAAUGUGUAACGUUUUACUGGGGCAUGAAUACAACCGUGCUCAGCCAAUCAGAUUUAAGAACCAAAACUAGACCCUUAGAACUAGUACUAAAUGUUUAUUCGGCUAAAUAAUGAAGAGGCAAUAAAUAAUUUCAUUACGUUACACUAAUACGUCUCAUAUGAAGCUGAGCAUAAACAAAGGCUUGUUUUGUAUUAGGAAUUCAGGGACAUAUUAACGUCACGAUUAAACGUCAUCGCGAUCUGGACAAUGUUUGUUUUAAAGUGAAGGCCUCGCUGUAGAGUUCCAGCUACACACCCGCCACAUUAGACAGCCUUGUGCUGAGCCUGUGGGAAAGGAGUAGAGGGCAGGUCUAUACAGUAACUCAGUUAUCAUGAAUGUCACUAAUGAAGCCAGCCCUGAGAUCAAAAACAGGCUGUGUGUGUGUGUGUGUGUGUGUGUGUGUGUGUUUGUUUGCAUGUGCAUUCAGAAGCUAUCUUUAUCACCACCAGUCAGCUAUUGUUGUUGUGUUUCUUUGGUGACGUCCGUUUGUUCAUCUCCAGCGCACGUGGGUGAAAAACAGGGUUUGGCCGAACUAUUAGUGAAAUAGUUGCGAUUCUACGUGAGACAUUGUGUAUUGCUUAUUUGCAUGGAGAAGGGUGUGGACCGGACCGAACGGCUUGACGUAUAAAUUGCUAAUCUUGGUGUCUGAUUAUCACAUAAAGGUAGUGAGAUUAUUAUUUUUUUUAAUCGUUAAAGUGAGGUGUUUUUGGAGAGUGCCCUUUCUCUGGAUGCGUGCUGCUGUGCUGUGCAAUACAUAGCCAUGCCUUCUAUUUGUACUAAUUUAACAUUUUAAUAUAGUAUAUUCUUGAUAACAUUUUUAAUUCCUUCCAAUUUGUUUACACGUCUCAGAACUUAAUAUAUCCUUAAAUGAAAUGUUUUCUAUUUUUUCAGACUUUUUAAGAUGAAGUGUAGAUUGUACUUUUAUAUUGUUGUGCUUGUUUUUUGUUUUUUUGUUUUUGGAAUUAUGAUGUAAUAAAAUUUGAAACAUGCUUGUAUGACGCUUCCAUUCCCUCUGGUUUUAAUUGGUAUUUUAAUGUUCUAGCCACGUUCAUGCAAGCAUGAAGAAGGAGAGUAUGAAAUGUUCAUAUCUACUUAGCAGGUAUGUAGAAGCUAUGACGAAUGAUUUAACCUUUCUCGAGUCGGCACCUCGAUGAUCAGAUUAAGUCUGCAAGCUUGUUUUUUAUUCAACGUGACGUUGCUAUUCAAGUGCAUAUAUUUUCACAGGCUUUUAUACCACAGUUAUAAGAAAUUCUUGAUUGGAAUUAACUUUCUAAUGCAUUAUCAUUUUGAUUGUAACAACAUUCUUGGGGGUUUGUACAGCUGUAUACAUGCAUUAAAAAAUUGGCAUGUAAAAGCAUAACAGAUUGCUGCAUAAAUGCAUUACAAAAUGCAGUAUAAAUCCAUAAACCAAUUGCCAUAUAAAUGCAUAAAAAUUGCUGUAUGAAUGCAUUAAAUAAUUGCCAUAUAAAUGCAUCGAAAAAUGCUGUAUAAAGGCAUUAAAUAUUGCUGUAGAAAUGCAUAAAAUGUGGCCGUAGAAAUGCAGACAAAUGUUGUAUAAAUGCAUAAAACAAUUGCUGUAUAUAUGCAUUAAAAAAUUGCCAGAUAAAUGCAUUAAUAAAUGGUGUAUAAAUGCAUAACAAUUUGCCAUAUAAAUGCAUUUAACAAAUUGGCAUAUAAAUGCAUACAAAUGUUAACAUGAAUGCAUAAAGAUUGCUGUAUAAAUACAUUUUAAAGAAAUUGCCAUGUAAAAGCAUGAAAAAUUGCUGUAUAAAUGCAUAAAAAUUGCAAUAUACAUGCAUAAAAGAUUGUUGUAUAAAUGCAUUAAAAAAUGCGGUAUAAAUAUAUCAAAAAAGUGUUGUAUAAAUGCCUAAAAUUUGCUGUAUAACUGCAUAAAAAAUUCAUAUAAAUGCAUCAAAAAUUGCUGUGUUAAAUUCAUAAAAAAUAUACGUGCAUUAAAAAAUUGUCAUAUUGAUGCUUGAAAAUAUUGCUGUUGUAUAAAAGCAAUAAAAAUAGGUCCCUCUGGAAUUUCAUCC